AUGAGAUCCACAAAAAAACACGCGACUACACAUUCAGAGAACCCAUUUAAAUUAUCUGUUGGAUAGAUUAUUGCAUAGAAAUUUAAACUAAUAGAUAAAGUUGGUUAAGGGAGUUUUGGUAUGAUAUUUAAGACAGAAAAUUUGGAGACAGGAGAUAUAUUUGCUACUAAAUUUGAGAAGAGAGAAGAGAAUUCAAAUGGAAUGAGCUUAUUAGUGAAAGAAAUAAAAGUUUUAAUAGAAGUAUAAGAAUUUGAAGGUAAUAUACUAAUCGAUAAAGGUUUUCCAUAGAUCGUAUUUUAUGGGAGAGAUGAACAUUACAAUUACUUUAUGCAAACAUAUUUAGGAUAAAAUUUAGAACAUCUUUUUAAGAAGAGUAAUUAUAAAUUUAGUAUGACAACUGUGUGCAGAAUAGGAAUAAGUUUAAUUGAUAGAUUAAAAUUAUUACAUUCAAAAAACUUAAUUCAUAGAGAUAUGAAACCAGAUAAUAUAUGUAUAGGUUAUGAGGAUGUUGAUAAAAUUUAUUUAAUUGAUUUUGGAUUAGCUAAGUAUUAUAGAGAAUAAAAUGGAAAUCAUAUACCAUAGAUAGAUAAGAAAGGAAUUAUAGGAACAGCAAGAUAUGCUAGUUUGACAGCACAUUUAUGUAUUUUAUUGUGAAUAUGAAAUCAAAGCUAAGGAAUAAUCACGUAAAGAUGAUAUUGAGAGUUUGGGAUACGUAUUAGUCUAUUUAGCCAAAGGGAAAUUACCUUGGAUGAAUUUGAAUACCACCACAAAGUCUGAGAAGUAUUAGAAAAUUAAAGAGUUUAAAUAACAAAUAACUUUGGAAAAGCUUUGUGAAGGAUUGCCAAAAGUUUAACCUAAUUAUCAUCAUUUAAGUGUUUCUUGAAUUUAUUCAUCUAUGCUCGUGGACUUGACUUUUAGGGUGAACCUGAUUAUGAAUUCCUAAAGGAACUGUUCUAGAAAUAAUUACAAUAGGAAUAGUAUACAUAAUAAGGCUUGGGUACAUAGGAAUACGAAUGGGAGAGAUUUCCAGAGAUCAAGAAACGUAAGUCUAGAUUAUGGACAAAUUAAUAAAAAUAAAAAAUAGGUAUUAUUUAUAAUAAUUAGAAAAACUUAUAUAAAUAGGAGUAGAUUCUGAUAUUCGUAAAAGUAGUGAGGAUAAAGGUUAAGAACAAAAAGGUAGUUCAUUUUUGAAUUUACCAUUUAAGGAAUAAGCAAUAGAUUCUUUAUCACCUGAUAUUAAAAAUAAAUAAAGCAGAGUAUUAAUAUAUAUGUGAUAAUAAGAAUAUAAGUUAGAAUAUAUCUAGUUUUGGAACUAGUUAGAUUAAUAAUUAUUAGAUAAGUUAGAUUGAUAAAUUCAAGAGAUUUCCUACUGAAAGAAAAGAUUAAAGAAAUAAUACAGUAGAUACUUAGAAAAAAGAAAGAGAAACAAGUCCAAAUUAAAAGAUAUUUAUCAAAUAAGCAACUACUAAAACAGAGAGAAAAAUGGCAUUUUUUGAAAUAGAUAAUGAUUAUAGAGAUUUUGAUCAUAUUGAUUAGAUUGCAGAUGAAGAAGUUAAUAUUGUGUUUUCCAACAUAAUUCCUAAUCUGGGACGUCAUAAAUCUAUAUUAGAUCUCUGA